AUGAAUUCGCAUAAAGUGUUCUUAAUAUUGAGUGCUAUCGUAAGCGUUGUUAGUUCUUUGGAUUGGUGUGAUCCAGAAUUAUGUCCAAAUGGUGGAACACAUACGGCCUGUAAUAAUUCGGGGAAUUUCCACGAGAGAUGUGAACCCGAUGUGGAAAUAAUCGAUUUACGACCCUAUCGUGAUCUAAUAUUACACGAGCACAAUAAUCGCAGGAAUUUUAUAGCUCAGGGUCUGCUGCCGGGUUAUUAUCCCGCCGCACGUAUGGCCACCCUGCAAUGGGAUGAUGAAUUGGAAUUUUUGGCUGAGUUGAAUGUCCGAACCUGUGUGGUGGAUCACGAUGAAUGUCGUAACAGCUAUCGCCUGUGUGGUGGGCAUCACAAGGAUGAACCACAAAAUAUUACGGCU